CAAAUCGGCAGUACUUUAAAAACACAGCCCUAUAGCGUUACAGUUGUCAGUUACGUCCUCGCCGCCAUCAGCCUCGGAUCGUACGAGCAUUUUAUUUUGAUCAGACAGCUAAAUCAUGGCCACUCCUGGAGGUUUCAUCCUACCAUCAGAGACAGGGCUAACGCCGGCAUUGAUAGCUGCAGUUUCAGCUGUGACGAGUUUCAGUUUCGGAUUUCUUCUGCUGAGCUUAACCGAUUUGUUUGAAGGGCCACGAGGGCUAUCGGGAAUGACGGCAGCUACCGGUCAAACCGGACUUACAGGAUGGACCGGACCAACUGGGCCAAUAGGAUCAGCUGGUGCAUCUGGAUCACUGGGAUUAAACGGAGAAACAGGACCCACUGGAUCAACAGGACCGUCUGGAUCAAUCGGUGCAACUGGUGAAGCUGGUACAACUGGUGAAACUGGUGCAACUGGUUCUACCGGCUCAACAGGAUCAACUGGAGACACCGGUGCUACUGGUGCUACUGGUAGAAGAGGAAGGAGGGGUCGUCCGCACCGGCCAUAGCGUGAAAGGUGGAUGGACGAAAUGAUGCCUUUAAAUAAAGAAUUUUCCCAUU